AUGGCCACCCUCUUCUUCCUCAUGGCCUUUGUCAACACCGUGAUGGACACGCUGAAGGACACAUUGGUCAUCACCGCGGUCGGCGGGGGGACACAGGUCAUCCCCUUCAUCACAGUCUAUGGCGUGCUGCCGGCCUCCUUUGCCUUCCUCCUCGCCUUUUCGUGGGGCACCCAGCGACUGGCGCGCCGCCACCUGUUCAACAUCACCAUCUCCUGCUUCCUCUGCUUCCUGGGCGGGUUUGCGCUGUUCUACCCGGUCCACGAAUCCCUGCACCUCGGCCCGCUGGCCGCCUGGCUCGGCCCCCGGCUCCCGCUGGGGCUGGCGGGCGGCGUGGGCAUGCUGCGCAACUGGAUGUUCACCCUCUUCUACUGCGCCUCGGAGCUGUGGGGCGACGUCUGCCUCAGCCUGCUCUUCUGGGGCCUGGCCAACGAGACUACCUCCAUGGCCGAAGCCCCCGCCUGGCACUUCCUGCGCCAGUCGCCGCAGAUCCGGUGCCUGGCCCUCUUGGCCAUCAGCCAGGGCAUCACCUCGAACCUCCUGGACCUGGCAUGGAAGCACCACCUGCACCGCCUGGCCACCACUCCCGCGGCCUACUCUGCCAUCCUGGGAGACACCGCCAUGUGGACCGGCAUCGUGACGGGGUCGCUCAUGCUCCUGUCGCCCACCCUCUUCGCGCGCCUGGGCUGGGAGGGCGUGGCCAAGACCACGCCUCGCCUCAUGCUCUAUGCCGGCACCCCCUUCUUCCUGGGCUGCAUCGGUUACAACUUCUGGCUGUCAGGCACCCUGAAUGGGCCGAUGGCCCUGAAGACGCUGGUGCUGGUCAAGGGGGCCAAGUUCUCGCUGUUCAAGCCCGCGGAGGAGAUGGUGUACAUCGGGCUGGACGACGAGUCGCGCAGCAAAGGCAAGGCAGCCAUCGAUGUGGUGGGGGCCCAGUCCGGGAAGUCGGCGAGCAGCCUGCUCCAACAAACGCUGCUGCUCCUCAGUGGCGGCCAGCUCCCCAAGACCCUCCCCAUCAUGGCCCUCUUCUUCGCCACCAUGCUGCGGCAAUGGAUCGGCGCCGUCACAGUCCUUGCCGGGUAUGUUGGGAGCGAGGAGGCGGCGCAGGCCGACGCCAAGCAGCCUGCGGGAAGCGAGAAGGGCGGAGUCGCACCAUCGCCAUCCGCUCAGGAUCUGGGGCUGGCCUGA